UUCUGUGAUAGGUCAGUGAUCGUGGAGGCGGAGUCCCGCUGAGGAAGAUUGACAGGUUGUUUACGUACACAUACUCCACUGCACCUUGUCCUCAGAUGGACACGUCUCGAGCCACUCCUCUGGCUGGUUUUGGUUAUGGGCUGCCCAUCUCCAGACUUUACGCCAGAUAUUUCCAAGGUGACCUGAAGCUGUACUCUAUGGAGGGAUUCGGCAUAGAUGCUGUCAUUUAUAUCAGAGCUUUGUCCACCGAGUCCAUCGAGAGGCUUCCCGUUUACAACAAAUCCGCCUGGAAGCAUUAUAACACCAUCCAUGAAGCGGAUGACUGGUGUGUCCUCAGCAAAGAUCCCAAGGACAUGACCACCUUCCGCAGCUUCUAACGCUUGUGCUGUGCAUGCGCUCGCCAGACUCCCUCUCGCACCUUUCACCAGCGCACCUGCUUCUGCAGACCCCAAACAGCAUCUUAGCUUCAUCUGUCCGCCCGUGUCGAUCAGGACAGAAGAGUAACGAAAGAGGCUGGGAAUACAUGAAAGAGCAUGCUGGAACACUACAUGUUUCUAGUAUGUUCUAAUGAAAACGUUUUGCACUGUAGCAUGUGCUACCAGUAUUGUAAGUUAGCACAGGUGUUUCUAGUGCCAUCACAUCCCAGAUAGACAAUUAGGCUUUUGUCCUUCUGGCGUAUUUUGAGUGUGUAUUAUUUAUGUAUGUGUUUCAUGAUUUAUUAUUCUUUCAUUUGAAUGUGUAAGUCAGUAUACAGUAUAUUUAUUUUUCUGUCAUCAUGAGACAGACUGAAGUGUUGAUCAUUUUUGCUUUAAGCUUACACAUUGUGAUUUGGAAAUCAAGCUUGUGUGUCACACAGUUGUGGGCUAUAAUAUAUACCAGCAUAACUGUACUCCUUGUACAUGUAUUACAUCUUGUUUGCAG